GUGGACUGAUUCACUCGUUCACUCGUUCACUCACUUCAACCACAUUUUUUUAGCAGAAGUUCCCCUUACAUUCACCACAUACUGUAUUCGACUUUACAUUUUCCAAUAUGGAUUCUCCAGAUGCAGAUCCCCAACAAGGGCCACCACCAGGACUAGGUCAAAUUCAAUUCAGAUUACAAGACGGUUCGCAACCAAGUCCCGAACAAAUACAGAUAAUGCAGCAGCAAAUCGCUCAGCAGGCAAAACAACAAGGAUUAUCGAUACCUGAUUUCAUAGCAAAGAUGAAUGCGCAAAAUCAAGCCCGAUUACAAGCCCAAGGCCAGCAGCCAUCUCCAGAACAAAUCCAAGCCAUGCAGAAGCAGCUAGCUCAAGACGCUGAAAAGGCGGGAAUGCCUGUAGCUGAAUUUGUAGCAAAGAUUAGGGCGCAACAAGCUCAACAGCAAGCUCUACAACAAGGCCAACAGCCAUCUCCAGAACAAAUUCAGGCCAUGCAGAAGCAGCUAGCUCAAGACGCUGAAAAGGCGGGAAUGCCUGUAGCUGAAUUUGUAGCAAAGAUUAAGGCUCAACAAGCUCAACAACAAGCUCUACAACAAGGCCAACAGCCAUCUCCAGAACAAAUUCAGGCGAUGAAAGAGAAAUUGGCUCAGGAUGCAGCAAAAGCUGGUAUGUCUGUACCCGACUUUGUGGAAAAGAUAAAGGCGGAUGCAAUGGCCCAACAGCAGCAACAAAGAGAAGCUGCAAUGCAACAGCAGCAGCAGCAACAAACUCAGCCAAUUAACCCCGGUCCUCCGAAUCCAGCUGCUGUUGCUCUCGCAAACUUCUUGAUGGGUCAGGACUUGAAAGCAAGAACAUGUAUCUUGAAUGGUCAAAGAAAGGACAUGUUUAAAGUGAAACGUGCUCUACGAGCCAUUCAAUCACCAGCUUAUGAAAAAGCUCGCAAGAAGAACCCACUUCUCCCCGAAAUUACUGAUCGCGCUUCACUCGAAAAUUGCUUCAAACUUCUCCCACUUUCUCUCCUUGCACUCCGUGUUUCUAAAGUCGACCCUCAUGAAGGUCAUGAUCAUGCCCCUGGUGCUCACAAUACAAAGCGGGUGAAAGGACUUUGGACUGUCAAAAUUGAACCGCAGCAAGAAUGCAAGGAGGAGCUCCAUUUCGUAUGGCUUUAUGAAGGUACACAAAUCAAACAGAAAUUGUACGCUGCUGGAGCAUUAGCGAUUGUAUUUGCAAUUGUCAUGUUCCCACUUUGGCCAAUGAAGAUGAGAUUGGGCGUAUGGUAUCUAAGUAUGGGCAUGCUUGGAUUAUUAGGAUUGUUCUUUGCGAUGGCAAUUUUCAGAUUAAUUCUGUUUGGUAUUACAAUGUUUGCAGUACCUCCUGGAUUAUGGUUAUACCCAAAUUUGUUUGAGGACGUUGGAUUCUUCGAUAGUUUUAGACCAGUCUGGGGAUGGCAAGAGGAGAAAAAGAAAAGCAAGAAAAAGUCAAAGUCGAAUGCCUCUGCCAGCGCAAGCGCUAUUGGAGCAGCAAUGACAGGUCAACCAGCUCCAGCAUCGGCAACCACGACAGGAUCAACAGCACAAAUUUCUACCGGAGAAACCACACAGCGAAACCUAGCACCAAGAGUUGAAGAGGUGUUUGAUGAAGAGUAAUUACGCGGUAAAUGACUUUACUACGUGAUAUGAUACCUGGAAGGCGAUUUAUGGAUGGGCUGAUGGAUCGAUUUAUGGACGAUCGGAAAAUCACUGGUGUACAAUAGCGUUAUGUGGAUAUCGGGAAGGAAAUAAUAUUCUUUUAUCUCGAUUAGAGAUUUUUGAUUCUACUUGCAUCUAUUUAUUUAUUUAUUUAUCUUGAGUAAAAUCGUACCACUUAAACUUACAUUUGACAAGUGGUUAUCGAUGAUCAUGGUUCAAUUCUGACAGCAAAUACCAGGUGCAGCAGCCUUCCCA